AUGGAGCCGGGAGCGUCGCCAUGGAAACCCUGCAUCCAGCUGACCCUGCUGCUGCUGCUGGUCCACCUGAGGCUGCCUGAAGAUGAGACGGAGUACGAGUACAGUGGCAGUGAAGAGGAGGAGGAGGAGGCGUCGGAGCAGGAGGGCGAGCCCAGCUCCAUCGUGAACGUGCCGGGCGAGUCCACGCUGCGGCGCGACUUCAUCCGGCUGCAGCAGGAGAACAAGGAGCGGUCGGAGGCGCUGCGGCGGCAGCAGCUCCUGCAGGAGCAGCAGCUGCGGGAGCAGGAGGAGUACAAGCGCCAGCUGCUGGCCGAGAGGCAGAAGAGGAUCGAGCAGCAGAAGGAGCAGCGCCGCCGGCUGGAGGAGCAACAGCGGCGCGAGCGGGAGCUGCGGCGGCAGCAGGAGCGCGAGCAGCGGCGGCGGGAGCAGGAGGAGAAACGGCGGCUGGAGGAGCUGGAGCGCCGCCGCAAGGAGGAGGAGGAGCGCCGGCGGGCCGAAGAGGAGAAGAGGAGGGCCGACCGGGAACAGGAGUAUAUCCGGCGGCAGCUGGAGGAGGAGCAGAGGCACCUGGAGAUCCUGCAGCAGCAGCUGCUCCACGAACAGGCCAUGCUGCUGGAGGUCGGAGGGGAGCUAUCGGAGCUCUUCUCGGGGGUUUUAGAGGCUAUGGGAUGUUUACGGACCAGGAAACCGGUCGUCCCAAAGGGAGGCAGGAUUUCCCCUUGUUGA